AUGAUCGAUACAGGCGCAGUAAGGAACGCUAUAUCGAAAAGUUUUCUAGAUGAAAUUGGACUGGAAAUUGAUGGACCGCCUGAUAGAACCCUAAUUGGAAUAAGCGGAAAAAUCACAACACCAUUAGGA